AUGCUAACUCGUAUUUGGUCAUCAAGAACACAUAGACACUGUCUGAAUUUCAUAAAGCCGAGGCCUUUAAGCAUCAUUCGCACGCACAUUUUGCAUACAACCCAUAUCAAGCUCCUCCCCCAUGAUCAAACCUCGAAAUUAUACCACUCAACGGCCCGAGCCCCAAAAAAUCCUGAAUUUUUCAUUCCCCGAGAAGAUUACUCGCACAAGCAAGAUGUGGCGAAGGCAAAUCACACGGUCACCAGGCUCUGCAAGGAGGGCAAGAUUCGCGAAGCACGCGAGAUGUUCGAGCAAAUGCCUGAACGGGACGUGAUAUCGUGGACGGCGUUAAUAUCGGGCCACGUUAAAUGCGGCUUGCUUGAGGAAGCCCGAGUGUUUUUCGACAGGGCCGAUGCCGUGAAAAAUGUCGUAACUUGGACAGCCAUGAUGUCGGGGUAUGCGAAAGCGGGUAAAGUGUCUGAGGCCCGAAAGCUGUUCGAUGAAAUGCCCGAUAGAAACGUGGUGGCAUGGAACACAAUGAUCGACGGGUAUGUACGGUGUGGGAGUCUUGAAUGUGCAAUAGAUUUGUUUGGGAAAAUGGGGGAGAGAAAUAUCGCAUCUUGGAACACGAUUAUUUCUGGUUUGAUGAAAUUCGGGAAGAUCGAGGAGGCUCACGAGCUUUUUCGCCAAAUGCCGGCAAGGAACGUGGUUUCAUGGACUAUAAUGGUGUCGGGAUUGGCGGGAGAUGGGAAGGUGGACGAGGCUAGGUCGCUUUUCGACCUGAUGCCCGACCGGAAUGUGGUCUCUUGGAAUGCAAUGAUUAACGGGUACAUUCAAAAUAUGAGGUUGGUCGAGGCGUAUAAUUUGUUCGACACGAUGCCCGAGAAGGAUGUGAAAUCAUGGAACACAAUGAUGGCCGGUUUCAUUCGAAACGGUGAGCUCGAGAGGGCGCUUUGGUUAUUUCAUGAGAUUCCACAUAAAAACGUGGUUUCUUGGACCACAAUCAUAAGUGGGUUCGUGCAAAACGGUAAAAAUGAGGAAGCUUUGAGAAUAUUCUGUUCAAUGAUGAGGGAUAGAAUGGUAAUAAAGCCGAACGAAGUAACUUUCGCCACCGUUUUAUGUGCUUGUGGUAACCUAGCCGGUCUCAACGAGGGGGCUCAAGUGCAUCAAGUGAUUAGCAAAAUAAUUUAUCAUCAAGAGAGUGAAUUCGUGGUGUCGGCACUAAUAAACAUGUACUCAAAAUGCGGUGAUCUCAAAAUGGCUCGACGGGCAUUCGACGACAAGCUUAAAGGGCAUCAAGAUUUGGUUUCUUGGAACUCAAUGAUUGCUGCUUACGCCCAACACGGGUGCGGGUACGAGGCUAUUUCUAUUUUCGAGGAAAUGCGUAAAACGGGUUUCGACCCAAACGACGUCACUUACGUUGGACUUCUUAAUGCUUGUAGCCAUGCGGGCUUAGUGCAAGAAGGUCUAAAUUACUUUAACGCCCUUCUAGAGGACGGGUCUGUGAGAGUGAGAGACGAUCACUACACUUGUGUAGUCGACUUGUACGGUCGAGCGGGUAGGCUAAAGGAGGCUUAUGAUCUUAUAACUGGGCUUUCUUGUUUGAAAGACUUGGCCUACGCAUGGGGGGCAUUGCUCCUCGGGUGUAACGUUCAUGGGGAACGUGAAAUCGGGAAAUUGGCGGCCAAGAGGCUUUUGGAUUUGGAGCCGGAGAAUGCGAAUGCAUAUGUGCUUUUGUCGAACGUUUAUAGUGUCGGUGGGGGUUGGAAUGAGGCAGAAGUGGUGAAGUCGAGGAUGAAAGGCAGAGGCUUGAAGAAACAACCCGGUUGCAGUUGGAUUGAGGUUCGGAAUGAGCUUCGAGUUUUUGUUGUUGGGGAUAGGUCUUCUCUUGAUGGGGAGUGUGGGGAUGAUAUUCAUUUGUUGCUUUGGGGUCUCCAUGAGAAGAUGAGGAAGGUUGAAGAUUUAGUUUUGGAGAAUGUUGUGAUGGAAGAGAACUUCUUAUAG